GCAGUAAUAUUAACCCGACUUAGCGUAAUCUAGUUUUGGAGAAAAUUCAACAUUUGUUUGUAUAUAUUUUGGGUUAGUUACAGUUAUACAUGUCAUUAUAAGAAUCAAGUGAAGCCUAUAAGAGCGAAAAUGUUUUCUUAAAUCAAUUUUGUACCAUCAUUCCCGAAUCAUCCAGUCGUGUUUCGUGACCACAUGGAGUUGGCGAUCUCAUGGAUUGUGAAUGGGGUGUAACUUUCAUGGAUCAAAUUGUUGUUGCCUUUUGGCUUGUCCCUUUUCGUGGUUGCCUUAAAUGAUCCAUGAGUGUUUUACAAGUUCGUUAUAAACUUGUUGGCGGCCCCCUACUUUGUCGUCCCUUGUCGCAUAAUAGUUAAUUUCCACUUCUUACGAUUGCCAAGAAUAUUCACGCGUGCUAAGGUAGGCGCACUUCAUACGGCGUCAACUGUGUCACGCCCAAAUUUAGCGUCAUAGUCUAGCGGAAAUUUUAUGGAAUUUUCAAAAUGGGUUAUUUUUAUGCUGUUCAUCGAUUUUCUAAUAAUCUGUCAUGCUUAGGACAUCUAGAAGCUGUUGAUUGUUGCUUGUAAGAUCCAUUAAAGCUGUAUCACUUUUCUUUUUAUGGUUGUUUUAUUUAUUUAUUUAUUUUAAAUGCAUCUCUUCUAUACUUGAUAUAUUAUAAUUUAUCAUUUAUAUCUCUUACUUUAAACCCCCACUUAAAAUCAUUUCUCUCUCUCCCAUGGUCUCCACUUAAAUAAUAAAAAUAUCUACUGCCUCACAUACUUUCUCUUUUAUGGUCCUCAUCUUACUUUUACUAUAAUAAAUUAUUCACUCACUCACGAUAUUAUAUUACUCUUCUAAAACUCCGUGCAUCUCCAAGUGAUGCAUUUAAAAAAAUGGUAGAAGUGGUACAUAACACCAUUAGUUGCUAAAGUAGAAAUUUCCAAGUAUGCCCUGUUAUCAAACGCAAUAAAUAUCUAAAAUACCCAUAUUACUUUUGUCUGAUGGUGGAGUCGUUAGUUUUUGUUAAUGUAGUUGUAUGUUUAUUUUUCGGUUUUUUUUUUCCUUUUGUGUGUGUGUGUGUGUGUGUUAGGGUUUAUUAAAAAAGUAAUCAUCUUUUGCCCUAUUAUCAGUUCGUUGGUAAAGAGUUGUCCAGGAUCGCAACGAUUGUCAAAUCUUCAAAGGUAUUCAAGUGAAUCAGAUGAAAAUCAUCCUUAGACCGUCUCUCCGAAAAGGUUGUAUAUUUCAGCGAUGAAUGCGAAAGAUAUACCAUAGUGUAAAAUCUAUUCAGCGAUCGCAGCUUUGAUGAAGAAAACCCUUAUUUGAUUUAAUUUUAUGUUUUUGUUAAUUUAGAUUUCAUUUGUAUAUGUCGUAUGACUUUUGAUUAAUGAAUUGAUCUGUUUCAAAAAAUAUUACUUUUGUCUUUAUGUUUUGCACUAUCUAAAGUAUUCUCACAUGUCAUCUUAUUAUUUUUGCCCUCGUCUAUUUUCAUGUACUUUAUAAUUUUUUUUUAUUUUUAUGUACUUUUUUUUUGUGCCUCACGCACAUUUCUUGUACUUUUCCUCCUGUUUCAUGAAAUUCAUGUACUUUAUUCAUGCAUUUCUUAAAUCCCAUAAAAUUUUACAAACGAGAACUAAUAUCAUAGUACGGUGCAAGUAGUGAUAAACUUAAAGAUUUACUCUUGGCACAUAGCGCCUAUAUGCUUCACAAACAUAUAGGAUGACAUUUUUGUGAAUAAUGGAAACAUGAGAAAAAAACAUUGUUGGAAAAUGCGCCAGGUGGUAGGAUUAGGUGACAGAUGGAAGAUAUUUUGGGGGAAAUAUUCAACGACAUAGGAUGACAAAAAGUACCACUACAUGCAUAAUAGUACACAAAAAGUACCACUACAUGCAUAAUAGUAUAUAAAAAUGUAUCGCGGUAGAGAAACAUCAAAUAAAAAAAAUAAAAUAAUAACCCCAAAUUGUCCAACUAUGUGCAUGCGAAAUACAUAGACGCUAGAUGCAAUAAAGUAUAAAUGUUCUCUAUGUUUUUCUUUGUACUAUGUUGACAAUGGACCAUAGAGAGGAACCGAGGAAGGAGUGGGGACAAGACUAAAGGCAAAAUAUAAAGAGAAAAUAGUUAAGGGAUCCUUGAGCACUACUGUACCACCACUACACCACACCUCAAACCCCACCAAAGGUCCCCUCAACAGCUAUAUGCUUAACAAAUUUUUUUUUUUUUUUUUUUUUUUUGUGAAACCAUAUGCUUAACACAGCAUAUCAUCAACACCUCAACUCCCUUUCUUUCCGCUUUCUCUAACCAUCUUUUUUCCUUUAAGUAUUUUAUUUUCUUUGAAAAUUUUGUGUAAUUUGACCAUCUUUUCCUAUUCAUCUACUCUCUCUUUAUUUCAAUUUAUUUAGAACUUCCAAAUCCAUGAAAUUCAAAUUCCUCUUUCUCGAAUUAAUCUCUUUGCUUUUCACUUAGAAAUCCCUGAAAUGAGGAAACCCGUAUCACUUUUUUCUACUUAAUAAAUAAAGACACCACUGUUUUCAAAAACAAAAUAAAGACACCACUACACUACUCUUCAGUCUUCACCUCCCACUGUUGUUAUUUUAAACACUUUCUCCCAAUCACUGAGAGAGAAUAGAGAAUAGAUGGGUAGAAGAGAACCAGAACAAAUCUCUUCUUCUUCUAAACUCAAAAAAGCAGCUAAGAAGUUCCUUUUCUUUCCUUGCUCCUCCUUUUCCUCCACCUCAACUAGUGUCGGCACCAGCUCUCCUCCGAGCCGAAAUCCUUCGUCGAAAGUGGGUCAGGUUCAGAGUCAAGGAGCAGAAUUAUGUUCUCCAAAAGAAACUCUAAAUCAUUUAUCAGACGGUGUGGAACAAGAAUAUGUAGCUAGCGUUUCAUCUAAGAAUUUGUGCACAAUAUGUCUUGAACCGUUACUCAACAGCUAUGUGGCAUCAAGUCCUGGCAAAGCCAUAUUUACGUCCCAAUGCUCUCAUUCAUUCCAUUUGUCAUGUAUCUCAUCAAAUAUUCGCCAUGGUAGCAUAAACUGUCCUAUUUGUCGUGCGCAAUGGACACACCUGCCUCGCACCUUACAUCCACCUUGCUGGCUCCCUCUUAACCAAGAUGACCCUAUCAUUCGCAUCCUUGAUGAUUCCAUCUCCACAUUUCGAGUCCAUAGGCGGUCUUUUCUUCGCACUGCCCGCUACAAUGAUGAUGAUCCUGUGGAGCCUGAGGCUCAUUCUUCUUGCCAGCCACGUCUUUGCUUCAGUCUUAUCCCAUUAGAUGUUCCAAAAAUGCCAUCGCCAUCAAAUUUUUGGUCCUGUGUGCAUCAUCCUUCUCCCAAUCCAUAUCUUUCUCCAGGACAGAACUCACAUGAAAUCUUGACUGGUUCACACUCACCUUGGUACAAACGUAAGAGAGCAGCAUAUUUAUGUGUUAGGUUAGCUCCUCUUCAAGCAAUUGACUUGGUGCUGGUUGCCAGCCCGAAUGGGCCGCAUCUGAGGCUCCUUAAACAAUCAAUAGCACAAGUGGUAUUUUCCUUGCGACCAGUGGAUCGAUUAGCAAUUGUGAGCUACUCUUCUGCUGCAGCCCGCAUCUUCCCACUCAGGCGCAUGACAUCCUAUGGAAAGAAGGCAGCUCUUCAGGUCAUUGAUAGGCUAUUUUAUGCUGGUCAUGCCGAUCCCGUCGAAGGGAUUAGAAAAGGUAUUAAAAUUCUCAAGGAUCGUACUCAUGAAAACCCAUAUUCAUCCAUUCUACACUUGUCUGAUUAUCCUACCAGUAGUAGAUAUUAUCGCACCAUCAAUGAUUUACAAACAGGUACGCCAAUCUCUGUUCAUCAGUUUCAUGUGGCUUCAACUAGCUCAGUCAUGCACGAGCUUGAAGAAUUCUUGGGACAGUUGCUUGGUGGUGUGAUACAAGAAGUACAGCUAAGAAUCGGAGACCAGGAGGAUAGCAGAAUUGUUAGGCUUGGGGAGCUUAGAGGUGAUGAGGAGAGAAGAGUUCUCCUUGAAGUAGACAAGUCACAUGAUCAUGCCUGCAUUGGCUACAGCUAUGUUGAGGGUGAGCUUAGGGUUGAUGAGCAAAUUAGAGUUGGUGAAGUAGUGGUGGGUAUUGGUGACCCGAGAGACACAGAUGACGGCGCAGUAGCUAACAUUACUGCCGGGAGAACAAGCUGUGUUGACAGUUGGGAUUAUCAUGACCCUUACAUGGCUAGGAGAUGGGCUAAAAGAUUGCAUGAAAGGCACAGGAUAUAAGGCUAACCAAGCAAAGGCAAAUUGAGUUAUAUUUUUACACUGUAGACUUUAGUGUUGUAUAUCUUAAUAUAUUCUGUAUUUAUCUCGUGGACUCCAUUUGUGUUAUUUUUUUUUUUCAUAAAUAUUAUUCUUAAAGUUCUCAAAUAUGGAGAACUGAAUUUCAGUCCGUGCGACGCAUAGUUUCGUGUUAAUUUAAUUACCUUAAUAUUUAUCGCUUCUUUAAA